CGGCGGCAGCCAGGCGGCGGGCUCCCUGGCGGGGCCGCGGUUCGCAAGGAUCCGCGCUGCGCCUGGGCGCACACGCGCGCCCUGACCGCGGACGCCGGCCGGGCCACACCGCCGCCCCUCUCUGCCCUCGCGCAACUGUCAGGCAAAGCGGGACGGCGGAUAUUGGCUCCCCCACACGCAGAGGCUCCUCCCCGAUCUGGAUCUUUAUAUUUUGGGAGAAUUUCUUUGAACUCAGUUACCAAGCUCCGCGAAAGGAGACAAGUUCCCACAGCCGGUUCGCUGGCGGUAGGCGAGGCGGGGGUCUCGCCCACCUCCUCGGCAGCUGCCGUGUCUCCCGAUUGUACUCGUCUUUUCCCUCGUGGAGGAAAACGGACUUACUAGACUAAGGAAAAUGCCAAUUAUCUGGAUGUGACCGUGAAAAGAGAACGUGUGACUGGAGGAGGCAGAAGAGGAGGAAAAGCCUUAUUUGAAGAGAAGAAUAAACCAAGCACUCCAACCCUUCUGCAAAUUAGUGCUGUUACUUCUGGGGUCCAUCUGCUUUUAUCCCCCCAACCCCUCCAUUAAGAAACCUUGACUUGAGGGCCAAGAGAGAGCCCCCUACCACUGGGCAUCCUUCUGGGUUGGAAGACCUUUUGGAUGUAGCGUUGGUGGAACAUUUAGACACUAUCCUCUGGAAAAGCCACCAUGAAUUCGAUAGCUGGGAAUAAAGAGAGGCUUGCAGUCUCCACCAGGGGCAAGAAAUACGGGGUGAAUGAAGUCUGCUCGCCCACCAAGCCCGCGGCGCCCUUCUCCCCUGAGAGCUGGUACCGGAAAGCAUACGAAGAGUCCCGCGCCGGGAGCCGGCCCACCCCCGAGGGCGCGGGCUCGGCGCUCGGCUCGUCUGGGACCCCGUCCCCGGGCUCAGGUACUUCGUCCCCGAGCUCCUUCACGGGCUCCCCGGGCCCCGCCUCCCCAGGCAUUGGCACCAGCUCGCCGGGCUCCCUUGGCGGCUCGCCAGGCUUCGGCACGGGCUCCCCGGGCUCGGGCAGCGGCGGCGGCUCCUCCCCCGGAUCAGACCGCGGCGUCUGGUGCGAGAAUUGCAACGCCCGCCUGGUGGAGCUGAAGAGGCAGGCUCUGAAGCUGCUCCUCCCGGGGCCCUUCCCGGGCAAGGAUCCUGCUUUCCCAGCUGUGAUUCACGACAAGCUCCAGGUCCCCAAUACCAUCCGGAAGGCAUGGAAUGACAGGGACAACCGCUGUGACAUUUGUGCCACACACUUGAAUCAGCUGAAGCAGGAGGCCAUUCAGAUGGUGCUGACCCUGGAACAGGCGGCUGGCAGCGAGCACUUUGAUGGCUCCCCUGGAUCCCCCCCACCCCUCUCCAACGUCCCCACUCUGGUGGGGUCCCGGCAUGUGGGGGGGCUCCAGCAGCCCAGGGAUUGGGCUUUUGUGCCCGCCUCCUAUGCCCCCUCCAGCUACACAGCCUUCGUCACCAAUAAGCAUAGCAGCAAACCCAACAGCCUUGGGGUCAGCAAUGGGGCGGAGAAGAAGAGUGGGUCUCCAACCCACCAGGCCAAGGUCAGCCUCCAGAUGGCCACCAGUCCCAGCAACGGGAACAUCCUCAGCUCAGUGGCCAUCCAGGCUCACCAGUACCUGGACGGCACCUGGUCCCUGUCGAGAACCAACGGGGUCACCCUGUAUCCCUACCAGAUCUCCCAGCUGAUGACAGAGCCGGGCCGGGAAGGCCUAACAGAGGCGGUGCUGAAUCGCUACAAUGCGGACAAGCCUUCGGCCUGCAGCGGCGUCCCCGCCCCGCAGGGCUCCUGCGUGGCCAGCGAGACCUCCUCGGGCACCUCGGUGGCUGCGUCCUUCUUCGCCAGAGCUGCCCAGAAGUUAAAUCUCUCAUCUAAGAAGAAGAAGCAUCGGCCUUCCACUUCUUCUGUUGCCGAGCCACCUCUCUUUGCCACCAGCUUCAGCGGGAUUCUCCAGACGUCCCCACCCCCGGCCCCGCCCUGCCUGCUGAGGGCCGUCAACAAGGUGAAGGACACCCCAGGCUUGGGCAAGGUGAAAGUCAUGCUUCGCAUCUGUUCCACGCUGGCUCGCGAUACCUCAGAAUCCAGCUCUUUCUUAAAGGUGGACCCGCGGAAGAAGCAGAUCACCUUGUAUGACCCCUUGGCGUGUGGAGGUCUAAAUGCCUUCCAAAAGAGAGGGAACCAAGUUCCUCCCAAGAUGUUUGCCUUCGAUGCGGUUUUUCCACAGGAUGCUUCUCAGGCUGAAGUGUGUGCUGGAACCGUGGCAGAAGUGAUCCAGUCUGUGGUCAACGGGGCAGAUGGCUGUGUGUUCUGUUUCGGCCACGCCAAGCUGGGAAAGUCCUACACCAUGAUUGGCAAAGACGACUCCAUGCAAAACCUGGGCAUCAUCCCCUGUGCCAUCUCUUGGCUCUUCAAGCUGAUCAACGAACGGAAAGAAAAGACUGGAGCACGUUUCUCGGUGCGGAUCUCAGCCGUGGAGGUGUGGGGUAAAGAAGAGAACCUUCGGGACCUGCUGUCGGAGGUGGCCACGGGCAGCCUGCAGGACGGCCAGUCCCCAGGAGUGUACCUGUGCGAGGACCCCAUCUGUGGCACGCAGCUGCAGAACCAGAGCGAGCUGCGGGCACCCACCGCGGAGAAGGCUGCCUUCUUCCUGGAUGCGGCCAUCGCCUCCCGGCGGGGCAAUCAGCAAGACUGCGACGAGGAUGACCUUCGCAACUCACACAUGCUCUUCACGCUGCACAUCUACCAGUACCGCAUGGAGAAGAGCGGCAAGGGGGGAAUGUCUGGAGGCCGUAGCCGCCUGCACCUCAUCGAUCUUGGCAGCUGUGUGAAAGCUCUUAGCAAGAAUCGGGAAGGAGGCUCAGGGCUGUGCCUCUCACUGUCUGCCCUGGGCAAUGUCAUCCUGGCUCUCGUCAAUGGCAGCAAGCACAUCCCAUACAAAGAAAGCAAGCUCACCAUGCUGCUGCGGGAAUCCCUGGGGAACGUGAACUGCCGCACCACCAUGAUCGCUCACAUCUCGGCCGCCGCUGGGAACUACGCCGAAACCCUGUCCACCGUCCAGAUCGCCUCGCGAGUCUUGAGGAUGAAGAAAAAGAAAACAAAGUACACAUCGAGCUCCUCCGGGGGAGAGAGCUCCUGUGAGGAAGGCAGAAUGCGCAGGCCCACCCAGCUAAGACCCUUCCACGCCAGGGCCGCCGUCGAGUCAGACUUCCCCAUCCCUCACCUGUCCAGCGACCCUGACUACUCCUCCAGCAGCGAGCAGUCCUGCGACACAGUCAUCUAUAUCGGGCCAAACGGCACAGCCCUCUCUGACAAGGAGCUCACCGACAACGAGGGGCCCCCAGAUUUUGUGCCUAUCGUGCCAGCCCUGCAGAAGGCCAGGGGUGACAGCCGGUCCACAGAGGCUGGAGAGGCCGGUGCCAGCAAAUCGGAAAGGGACUGCUUGAAGUGCAACACGUUUGCCGAGCUGCAGGAGAGGUUGGAUUGCAUCGAUGGCAGCGAGGAGCCCAGCAAGUUCCCCUUCGAAGAGCUGCCGGCCCAGUUUGGGGCAGAGCAGGCAAGCAAGAGUGUCCCAUUGAGCCAGGCAGCCGGAGCAAGCCCGCUCUGUGAGUCUGAUAAGGAAGACGAUGGUUCAGACAGCCAGCUGACAGACAGAGAAGGUGUGGAGCCCCCGGCCUGCAAGGUGCAGAGGAAUCACUCCCCAGUCCCUGCCGCAUUGCUCACCAACAGCCCCACCCCUGCCUCACCCCGGAGCAUCCCCGGCAGCAGCAGCCAGCACAGUUCUUCCCAGCUCGCGCAGAGCCCCAGCCUCCGGAGCAGCCGGGAAAGCCUGAACUCCUGCGGCUUUGUGGAAGGCAAGCCCAGGCCCAUGGGCUCCCCCAGGCUGGGCAUUGCCAGUCUGUCCAAGACCUCAGAGUACAAGCCGGCCAGCUCUCCUUCCCAGAGAUGCAAAGUCUACACCCAGAAGGGGGUCCUGCCUUCUCCGGCCCCACUGCCCACCUUGAGCAAGGAUUCAGGCAUGGUGUCUAGUGAGUCCCUGCUGCAGCCCGAGGUACGCACCCCCCCAGUUGGAAUGAGUCCCCAGGUUUUGAAGAAAUCCAUGUCUACUGGGAGCGAAGGGUUCCCAGAAACCCCUGUGGAUGACGAUCAUCAGGCAGCAACUUCCCCAGAUUCCAAGAAGGAGAUUCUGAGCACCACGAUGGUGACAGUACAGCAGCCUCUGGAGCUGAAUGGUGAGGACGAGCUGGUGUUCACGCUGGUGGAGGAACUGACCAUCAGCGGGGUGCUAGACAGUGGCCGCCCCACCAGCAUCAUCAGCUUCAACAGCGACUGCUCGGUGCAGGCCUUGGCCUCAGGCUCCCGGCCCGUCAGCAUCAUUGGCAGCAUCAGCGAGGACCUGGAGUGCUACUCGAACGUGGCUCCUGUGUCCGAGGUCAGCAUCACGCAGUUCCUGCCCCUCCCAAAGCUGAACCUGGACGAGAAGGCCCGGGAGGCGGGGAGCAGACGUUCCUCCAUCAGCUCCUGGCUGAGUGAGAUGAGCACAGGCAGUGACAGCGAGCAGCCGUGCCACAGUUUCAUAGCACAGGCGUGUUUUGGGCACGGGGAAGCAAUGGCAGAUCCUCCUGCCUCGGAGUUUGUUGGCAGCAUCCAGAACACUGCGGUGGUGUGCCGGGAGAAGCCCAAGGCAGGCCCCGACAACCUGCUCAUCUUGUCUGAAAUGGGGGAAGACUCCUUCAACAAGGCAGCCCCCAUCAAAGGCUGCAAGAUAUCCACCCUGGGCAAGGCCAUGGUCACCAUCUCUAAUACGGCCAGUUUGAGCAACUGCGAAGGGUACAUCCCCAUGAAGACCAACAUUACGGUAUACCCCUGCAUCGCCAUGAGCCCCCGAAACGUCCAAGAGCCUGAGGCGUCCCUGGCCACCGUCAGCUCAGUCCCCAAAGCAGCCCAGUCCCAGGAGAGCAAGGAAAGUGGUGCAAAGAAAGAGAUGAAAUUUGAGGACCCCUGGCUGAAACGAGAAGAGGAGGUAAAAAAAGAGAAUGCUUAUCCCAAUGAAGAAGGGAGUAGGUUUGAGACAGCCACGGGCCCCCCAAAGCCUGAGGCCAGAGCAGAACAGGACAAGAAGGCCAGCCCCAGCGACAGGCUGAGCAACAGUAGUGGUGAGGUGUCUGCCUCCCCAGGGGCCGACAACUUCAGGAGAGUGGUGGAUGGCUGUGAGAUGGCCCUGCCCAGUGUGGCUGCCCAGAGCCCCGUGCAUCUCAACAAAAGCCUGAAGUCCAGCAGCCUUCCCAGGGCUUUUCAGAAAGCCAGCAGGCAGGAGGAGCUAGACAGCCUCUUCUACCAUUGCGCCUCAGAGACCAACGGCAUUGGCUCGGCUUCCAGCACCCAGCCCUCCAAGGCCACCCUGGAGAAGAAGGUAGCGUCCCCCAAGCACUGUGUCCUGGCUCGGCCCAAAGGGACUCCCCCGCUGCCCCCUGUCCGGAAGUCCAGCCUGGACCAGAAGAACCGGGCUAGCCCACAGCACAGCGCCUGCAGCAGCAGCUCCAGCAGCCCCUUGAACCAACCUGCACCCUUCUUGGCCAGCUUCCCCGACGAGCCCAGCAGCAAGAUGAAGGAUGCCAGCAGCAGCAGCAAGCUCUUCAGCGCCAAGCUGGAGCAGCUGGCAAGCCGGACCAACUCUCUGGGUAGGACCACAGUCAGCCACUACGAAUGCCUCUCACUGGAGAGGGCCGAGAGCCUGUCCUCCAUGAGCUCCCGGCUGCACGCAGGCAAGGACAGCACAAUGCCCCGCACAGGGAGGAGCCCUGGCCGCAGCGCCGGGGCCUCGCCCACCAACCCGGGCCCCACGCAGUCGGCCGGGGCCUCGCCCAAGGCCAGCCAGUCCAAGAUCUCCGCCGUGAGCAAGCUGCUCCUGGCCAGCCCCAAGGCCCGCAGCCUGUCCACCUCCGCCACCAAGACCCUGAGCUUCUCCACCAAGUCCCUGCCGCAGGCGGUGGGCCAGAGCUCCGGGCCGCCCCCCGGCGGGAAGCACAUGUCCUGGUCCACCCAGUCGCUGAGCCGGAGCCGGGGCUCCGGCCUGGCGUCCAAGCUGCCCCUGCGGGCGGUGAACGGACGCAUCUCGGAGCUGCUGCAGGGCGGCGCGGGCGGGCGAGGGCCGCCUGGGCGCGCGGGCCCCGAGGCGGAGGACCGCGCCAUACCCACCGACGAGCGCCCGCCGCCUGCCGCCCCGCUGCCUUCGCCCUACAGCAAGAUCACACCACCGCGCCGGCCCCACCGCUGCAGCAGCGGCCACGGCAGCGACAACAGCAGCGUGCUAAGCGGGGAGCUGCCGCCCGCCAUGGGCAAGACGGCACUCUUCUACCACAGCGGCGGCAGCAGUGGCUAUGAGAGCAUGAUGCGCGACAGCGAGGCCACCGGCAGUGCAUCGUCCACCCAGGACUCCAUGAGCGAGAACAGCAGCUCCGUGGGCGGGCGCUGCCGCAGCCUCAAAGCCCCAAAGAAGCGCGCCAACUCAGGUUCCCAGAGACGGAGGCUCAUCCCGGCGCUGUCCCUUGACACCCCCUCCCCCGUAAGGAAACCCACCAAUAGCGCGGGCGUUCGCUGGGUGGAUGGCCCCUUGCGCAGCACCCAGAGGGGCCUCGGGGAACCUUUUGAGAUUAAAGUCUAUGAAAUCGACGACGUGGAGCGGCUGCAGCGGCGACGAGGGGGCAGCAGCAAGGAGGUCAUGUGUUUUAACGCAAAACUGAAAAUUCUGGAGCAUCGCCAGCAGAGAAUUGCGGAGGUCAGAGCCAAGUACGAAUGGCUGAUGAAGGAGCUGGAGACGACCAAACAGUAUCUGAUGCUGGACCCUAACAAGUGGCUCAGUGAAUUUGACUUGGAGCAGGUUCUGGAGCUGGAUUCCCUGGAGUACCUGGAAGCGCUGGAGUGCGUGACGGAGCGCCUGGAGAGCCGUGUCAACUUCUGCAAGGCGCACCUCAUGAUGAUCACCUGCUUCGACAUCACCUCCCGGCGCCGCUGACGGGAGCCGCCCGGCCCGGCCCUCGCUCCCGAGCCGCAGGCAGCCGCGCUGUGCCGGCCCUUAGUGCCGGCGCCGCUCAGAGACCACGGAAGGAGGAUGAAGGUUGGUGGCAAGUCUGGAGUGAGCGUGGAGCGGAAGGCGAGUUUUUCUUUUGUUUUCUGUAGGAACGGUGCAGACACCAGACCCGCAGGAGAGGAGCGAAUGAUGGGAAGCCCAAGAGGCGUGGAAGCCCCCGUGAGACUGAAAAAGCACUUUGAGGAACUUUGAAGAACUUGUUUGUACAUAAGAACUGCUGGCAAAAGAGACCUCCCUCUUCUCCUGGUUUGUGAGAAAGGGCGAAAGUGGACGUGGGAUUGUUGUGGAAAGCUAAAACAAAACAACAACAGGUUUCCCCGAAUGACUGAUUAAGUGCCUUGCAAAUCUUUGUUAUUAUCCAAACGUUUAUGUUCAUACUUUCUUGUGUACAGAUGGUGCUAGUCAAGAUGAAAACAUGAACAACAACAAAAAAAUCAAACACAUUUUUGCAGUGUAUUUACAGCUCGUUUUCUCUUGGUGUUUUAGCCUAUUUCUGACUUGCUAUUUCUAAGUAAGUUGUGUUUGUAGAGCUCUUUCCUAAUCAGUAUUGCAUAUGAAUAAAUGUUAACUGUCUGCUAUGGUUCUGCUGGGAAGGCCACUCAAACAGAAGCUAGAGACUUCUGGGCCCAAGCCAGUGUGUUUCCAGGGACGGUUGGAACCACAGGUGAUGCUUAUUGCCACCUCCCACCAGUGGCAGGGUCAGAGGGCAGACUUGGAGGUCGAUUAUGGAGCAGGCGAACGUGAGCUUGAGAGAAAUGGGUGUGUCUUCAGGGGGAAAGGAGCCUCUAUGACCCUGGCCCUCCUUACCCUUCGAGUGGGAUGUUUGUGCUGAAUAGUUUCCCCUCCAAGUCCUGAGGCACGUCAGUUCAGUUCAGCUACUCAGUCAUAUCCGACUCUUUACAUGUCCUGAGGCACGUAAGACUGGUUCCUUUUUACCCAUGAAGCUGGGGUCUUCAAAAACAUUUUUCAUAUUCAUUUUUAUUCCAAAGAUUCUGGAUCUAAAGAACACUUGGACCAGUUCAACGGAGCCAUAUUUUUUUCCCCAGUUUUGCAAAUUUAUUAGAGCAGAGGGUUUUCCCCAGUCUGGAGACCUUCUUGGACUUGUAGAUGCUCAGAGACGGAAGUAGUAUUGGUCCAGAACAAGGAAGGAUGGGGGGCGGGGUUACACAACUUUUCUGUUGUCCGGAGUGCUGUUUAAUGCAAGAAGUUCCAGUCCUUUUGAAUGAAAGCCUCCAUACCAAGAAAGGACCAGGCCUGUCUGCUCAGGCCUUGACACCUGAAGGCAGAGAAAGGUUUCCUGUCAUACAUUACACACCUGUGGGGCCCAGGGUUUCAUGCAUGUGGGUGUACAAGGCUUGACUCCAGGAACUUUGGACUUUAUUCUCAAAUUGAGAUGUCCAUCUCUGCCACAAUUCCCUUAGGGAUUAGUGUACUCAUUUUAGUGAUAGAAACCCAAAGCAUAGAGUGGUCCAGGGAUUGUCUAAUAACAGCUGUGCAACAGCAGGGUGUUUACCUACCUUCCAGUCAGGGCCUUCUCCCAGGCCUCUCUAGCCAGGCCAUUAAUAGAGGUGCCCAGGAUUUUCCAGAGUAUUGUUCUUUUUGACCUCAAAUGCAGCAUAACUUCAUAAAUUUAUUUCCAGGUGAGUCAGUCCUGGCUAACUGACUCCUCAGCCCCAACUGCUCCCCAAGGAAAAAGAACAAUGCAUUUGUCAAUGCUCCUUUGUACACAUGCAGCCCAGCAUAGUUGGCUAAACAACUGGCAAAGCCCAGUUGAACCCAGUAAGUGGGAACCGAAGUCUUGUGAGCUUCAUAGUGCAGCCCUUUACUGGUCAGAACAGGGCACAGAGAACCCCCUAGGCUUCUGUCUGGCUUUAUGUUUGAUUCAAACUCGCUCCUGUGGCAUCGUGCACACAGAAGCUGUGCUCCAUCUGAUAGCUAACACGGGCUAAAAUAUGGUGAAAUGUUACUCCAGAAUGGAUGGUUUCCCCCUCCAGUUUAACAAGUCACCUUGGGAGAGGCAGGCCUCCCCCACCCUAACCCCAUUCUGCAGGGCAGCCCCAUGGUUCUGGGGCUGGAUGUGCUCUGGUCUCUGCACUUGCUUAAAUGAACUUGUUAAAUAGCAGCCUAAUGGAAAUGUCUGGACCCCAAGAGAUGUCAAUCUGUUGAAUUUGUUUGGGUUUUCCACUCGGCAUCCCUUUGGUUGCUGGCUUGAAAUAUACCAUUUCAUGGAAAGCCUUUGAUUGAAGGACUGUCAAAGGUAUCUUUCUCUUUGUUGGAAACAUACACACUUGAUUAGUAAUCAGUGUCCUUAGCUUUUGCCCUGGGCGUAUCUUCCCCACAGGUUACUUCACUGAGCUGAGUUCCUUAACAGGCCAUCAAGGGGGCCCUCGUGCCUUUCCUGGAAUGAGACUAAGUAGAAACAUCUACAGGAAUUUCAAAUCUUGAUCAGAGAAAUCUUUCCUAGGGGUAAUGGCCUUCAGUUUGCAUCCUGCCUAAACCUGCUUUAUAUGUAACAACUUUGUGAGAUAGCAAAGGGUUGAAUAAAACCAAGAGCUCUCUUGCCAAGUCAGAUUGGCCUCUUAAAAUGCCACACUGUUGAACUUCUCGCAGGCUGCUGUUGGCCAUGGUGUAGGAGAACAACUUGGCAUGGAGGUUCAUUCUGACUUUUUCCUUUUUUUUUUUUUUUUCUUUUCUGACCUAAGUCAGCUACAAACAACAUACCAAGUAUUGAUGAACUCUGUGAAGAAAUCAUGAAUUUUAUGCUAUUGUGUGAUUGUUCCUGGUUCUAUCAGUUGAUUGUACAGCUGAUCAGCUGUUGUGCAACAGUUCUAGUAACUGAGGAACAGCUUCAUUCAAUGACCAAAUGUGAAGUUGUCCAGGUCCCCUUGUGGUUUUGAUGACAGAUAACCUAGGAAGGCAAAGAGAAUGUCAAAGAGCCCAUUAUUCCAUUCUAUUAUCCACAAAUGAAAGGCCCAGAAAAAUAUUUACUUGAAAUUAACAUUUAGAAGCCUUGACUCUUUGUCUGAAAUUGUCUUCCCUCUCCAAAGUUCAGCUCAGUGUGAGCUGGAAGCAUUAUCACAAAACUCAGAGGCCAAAAGGGGAAUAGUGACAUUGUUCCCCAGGAGUAAAUCCAUAGUGCAUCUCACGAUGGUGUUUCAUGUUGCCACAGAGUGAGAGUUUGCUUUAUCCUGGGCUUUCAAGCCCCACCUCAGAGCUGGAACCUUUGAUCUUCUCAUCCUUGAAUUCCCCUCUACAUCAUGGGGAAGCUGUCUCUAACUUUCAUCUCUUUCAGACUUGAAAUUGAAACACCCCGCCUGUUGUUUUCUCUGCAGUUGCUGUUCUGAAGGUGGGGAGCUUGAGAUGCAGAAGCAGAGGUCGGUCCUGUGUUGACUCAGGUGGGGUUCAUACAAGAGAUCCCAAACUGGGGAGAGAAGAAAGCUGCGAUAAAACGCUAUGCAGCCCAGAGUGGGGAAUUCAGCAGGCAGGAAUCUGGCCAUUUGUCAUAAAUUAGUCUUAAACUUGAAGUCUGUGUUCCUGGAAGGUGGCAGUGACUUCAUUGUAGCCACAGAAACCAUCCAGGACUGUGGUUCAAAUAGUCUGACACAUACAUAUGUAUCUUAUACUGGUGCUCGGAUUUCUGUUCAUUUUGAGCAAGAGACCGUUUAUGGGCUUCAGGUGCUGAUCAUGAAUUUUGGUGACUCCAUCAGCCUUUAUCACAGGUGUUCCUAUUCAAAAGCAGCUGUCUGACCUGGGUUUCUUGGGAUGGAGGUAGAGCUUGCAAGAGCCUGGGCUUUUGUUAAGCUCUCUCUCCACACAGUUGUCUGUGUCAUUGGCCACUGCUGAUGUGUAAUCAAGGCUCCCACCACGAAUAACGAUGUGAUGAAUGUUUCUAAAUUCCCUAUCCCAUAAAGGGUUUGGGCCAUAACAGACAUUACUAAAGAUGAGUUAAUUUCAAAAUGGAAACCAGAAGAAUUCGUGAAUUUACUCAUUGUGCUUUUCCUGCUGGAAUAUUAGCCCCACUCUUAGAGCACAUAUUCAAAGGUUUCCUCACUUUUAAAGGCAAUGUAUUUUAAACCCUGAAACCAUGCCUGUGAGAAACAUGUUGAAAGCCCCAUUCUUGACAAGUUGAUGCUGGAUAAACCAUCCAUGGGCACUGGCCCUGGGUCCUGCCUGCUGCCCCCACCCAGGCAGUACUGCCCACCUUCCCUCAUAGAGGACGCUGUUCAGCACUGCCACACUGAAGCAGGACUGCCUAAGGGAGGCCCGUGCAGCCCACUUUCCUCUGCGCCCAAUGAAGCAAAACCAACACUCAGUCUCACUGACAACUGCCAGCAAAUGGUCUAAGUUUUUUUUGGGGGGGGGGUGGGGGGCUAGUGGGAGGACAAGGAGAUAGAAUAUAGCGUUCCUUUGGAUUCUAACCUCUCUUUCUCUUCCUCCAGCAAAGAUCUGUCAACAUUUCUGAGUAAAAUCUCGCAAAUUGUGUCACUUAACAAUCUUCCUGAAAAAAUACAUACCUAUUCCAAAGUGUUGGUCAUAUCCAGAUAAAAGCAUCAUUCCAAUCCAGGAGAGGCUCAUCUUCUCCAAACAAACAAACAAACAAACAAACACAAAACUUUUUUGCAAAAUUUUAGAAGCUACUUAUCCCAUCCCUAAACAAACACAUUCUGCUUUUGGGUGGCCCCCCUCAGAACCAGAGAUGAUGUCAUAAUAUCAGAGACAUAGUGGUGCUUGAGGUGGUAUCAAGGCUUCAGUGCAUAUAAUUAAUAUUCUCUAAAUGCAUUUCCCAGUGUCUGUAUGUGUAUUAGAGGGAGUCCUGAAGUGCAGGCCCAGGCACAUCUAUUUUAUAUAGAGAAAUUACCUUCAAAACGAAAGAGGCUCACUGUUUUAUUCCCCAUACUGCUCACCAAUACCCCACAUUGUCAUAUUCACUUUAUGAAGAAGUUACAAUUUAUUUGUAAACUUGGGCUGUUGUUUUGUAGCAUUGCUCGUGUUUUAUAUUAUUUAUACAUCAUGGUUGGAAAUGCUAUCCAAGUGCUGUGCAUCAAAGUGUAAGUUUGGUGGAUCUGCCUAUGGCUGUUUGUUCGCCUCACUCUAGAAAGCUCCAUUAACUGAGACACAGGUACCAGGAAGGAAAGAGAAAUCAAUCAGGAGAACAGGGAUUACGGUCCAAUCCUCAAAGUACAGGACUUAGUUCAAAAUGUAGUUUGUUUCUAUAGUAAGUAAGUAGCUGAAAGGGAAAAGAUCCUUUCCUUUUGAACUUAAUGAUAAUGGACUUGGAAAGCAGCCUCCACAGGCCUUAGUGAAAGAGGAUCCAGCCUCUUCCUGCUGGUCCCACACUAAAUUUCUGAAAAGUGCAGACAAUAUUAGGUACCCACAUUUCCCUGAGAAACCCCAGCACCCCCAGUGUUCCUGAAGGGGGUUUGGAAAAGGAACCUGAAAUUCCUUACCUUGGAGAGAGAGAGACAUAUAUAUAUAUAGUACAUGUUCUUUUCUGGAGAAACCAAAGCACUUUAGUGUGAGUCGUAAAACCCAUAAUACUUAAGGCAUCUUGUCCCCUCCCUGGAUCCCCGAGAGGCUGGGAGGGGCUGGGGGGUCAGUAGUCUCAUUUGAGAGGCAGCUAAACCUAGGAGAAAAAGCCUUGAGCUUGGGGUAAGGAAGUCGGGCUCCAGGUCUGGUUUCCUCACUCACUAUGCAACCUUGGGCAAGUCGCUUCACUCUGCUGGGCCUGUGGCUCGCCGAUGGAAGAUCGGGGGUUAUAUUAGCUGCCCUUCUGGGAUAGUGUAAAGAGAAAGGUAUGGGAAGUGCUUUGAAGAGAUGAAAGCUCUGUAUUGGAGCUGGGGAUAAUCAUUUUAGAUGAAGAAACUGAAGUCAAUAAAUAGCCAACGACUGGCCCAAGUUCACAGAGUAGUUUUAUAGCAGAACCGGGAUCUGAGUCCGACAUCUUGGACUCUGCCCACAAGGUGCUGUUGUACCAGGUGUGUGAUAUGUGGACACCCACCACACCAAGGGAGUGACGUGUGUGUGUGCACGGGGGCGUAUACGGAUGCAUGUGUACAGAAGGUAUGUGACAUGGUGGAAGAACAUAAGACAGAAAACCUGAGUUCGAACUCCAGUUUUGACCAUAGUCCUAUGGCCUUGGAUAUAUUACCCAACUUUUCUGGAACACAGUUUUCUAAUCUGUAAAAUGAAGACAGUGUGCUAAAUGAUCUUUGUGGUUCCUUCAGCUCUAGUCAUGUAUGUAUGUGUAUAUAAAUAUGCUAAUCUGUAGAAAUGGGCCAAUUUGAAAAUUGGAGACAAGACCUGCCCAAGUGCAUUUAUUGUGUCAGAAGCAGCAAAUUCAUAAACAAAUUCAUAAAAUCUUUUUUUAAAAUUCAAUGGUGGUAUUUGAUGUCAUUGUGUUAAAUUCACUAUUUGGAUAAAAGAUUUGGUGCCAUUUUAAAAAUGAAGUUCUUAGCUUACAAGUAUUUGCUGUUAAAAACUUUUAAUAAAAUUUGUUAAAAGUCAGAAAUUCAACUAUUCUGUACUUGGGUAGGUCCCAGCAGCCUAUUUGCAAACAGGCUGGUUUUGUGUAUGGGCCUUCACAUAGCGAUAAAAGAGUUAACUGUUGGCUUGUUCUUGAUAAAAUGUGAGCAGGCUACCUGGAGAACAGUCUGGAAAUGAAAGUUAUAGUUCUCAAAAACUGGUGACAUGAUUUCAUUAAGCUGUGUGCCAUUUCCAGUGUGAAGACAUUGUUUGCUGGCUACGAUCUCUGACUUUUUGUGGCAUAUGAGGUGUAAAAUGUUGUCAGAAAAGAAUCUGGUGUUUAAAAAGAAUCAACCUAUGGUGGCAUUAAAUGUUCACUUUUCUCCUA